UCUACAUCAUCGCCAACGCCCAAUGACCGAUAACGCUGAGUUGCUUAGCAACAGAACCCAUACAAAAAAAGCGGAAGCGGACGUGGACGCGCUACUUGUAUCUGCGUUUACCUGGCAAGUCAAGCUUUUCGGAUCGCUUGCCGACAGUAGUUUUCCAGUUCAGUGUUUUCUUGUUACAGCUGUCCGUGUGAUGGCUAAAAUCGUGAUGUGUGAGACGCUUGACCUCUACAAUAUCCUCAAUCAGUGCCGACGUGUGCCCAGACUCGCAGAGAUCAACUACCUGUGUUUGAUUGAUGCUAAUGAAGUCAAAGAUUACUACAGGAGUCACAUCAUAACUGCUAAAAAUGCUAAAAUGGACUCAGAGGGGACAUUCCUUCUUCCAGAGUUUGUGGAGGUUGAAAGUAUGCAGCAUGUGGUGGUCUACGACAACAACACAAGCUCUUUACAGGAGCAAGGCAGAGCAACUUCAUGUGCCCAAGUGUUUGCUAAGGCUAGCCUCAAUCCAGUCAAGAUAUUGAGAGGAGGCUUUCAGAGAUUCUCAGCUCAAUACCCUUUUUUGAGGACUGAGAAAAUCCUGAACACCAUCAUGGAGCUGGAAAGCCUUAAGAUUUACCCAGUGGAGAUCUUAGCAGGACUGCUGUACAUGGGUGAUGAGAAGCAAUCCAUGGACUUCACUCUUAUCAAAGACCUGAAAAUUGGUGCUAUCGUCAGCAUCUCAGAGAGUGACACUCUCGAGUUCAUGAAGGAGAUCCAUACCUUGCUUAUCACCCCUGUGGCUGACUCAGUACGGUCUGAUUUAUAUUCAAGCUUUGAAAGGAUCUGCAAUUUUGUUAGUUCCCACAUCAACAUGGGCUCUCGUGUCCUGAUAGUUUCCAAGCAAGGCAGAAGCCGCGCCAGCGCAGUGGCCAUUGCAUUUCUCAUCCAUUACCUCAAAUACACACUAAAGGAGGCCUGGACGCAUAUGCUCAAAUGUAAACCCAUCAUGAGGCCAAAUACUGGUUUUCUGCAGCAGUUGUCCAACUGGGAGCUUCACACUUUGGGAACAACAACGACUGAUUUUGUCUCAAUCACAUUUUUAACAAAAGAAGAAUUUUUUUAGUCAUCUGAACUCUGGAUUCUGUAUAUGUGGCCCAUGUAACAUUUAAAAUAUCUGAUAUACCUACAUUGACUGCAUGCAAGUCUGUAACUUCACAGAACCUUGGUUUUUAAUCCAUCCAUUCUUUUCCGCUUAUCUGCGGGGAAGUCGUGGGUGCAGCAGACUAAGCAGAGAGGCCCAGACCUCCCUCUCCUUGGCCAGCUUGUCUAGGGGAACACAAAAGCGUUCCUAGGGCAACCAAGAGGUAUAAUUUCUCCCGCAUGUCAUGGGUCUGCCCCAGGGCCUCCUCCUGGUGGGACAUGCCCAGAACACCUCACC